AUGGCGCAACUCCUCAAGCAAUUGAACCCUGCAAUCAGCCAGUACAAGGACAGGCGGUUUUGCGGCACGCAGCAGGAGUUUGAGGAAUGCCUGCACACCUCCACCACCGUCUAUGUGGGCAACCUGUCCUUUUUCACGACUGAAGACCAGAUCUUCGAGGUGUUCAGCAAGGUGGGCGACGUGAAGCGCAUUGUGAUGGGGCUGGACAAGCACAGGUCCACGCCCUGCGGCUUCUGCUUUGUGGUCUAUUACACGCGGGAGGACACCGAGGAUUGUGUCAAGUACGUCAACGGCACCAUGCUCGACGACCGCCCCAUCCGCGUCGACUUUGACUGGGGCUUUGUGGAGGGGCGGCAGUUCGGGCGCGGCCGAUCUGGCGGGCAGGUGCGGGACGAGUACCGCAUGGACUUCGACUCGGGCCGGGGCGGCUACGGAAGCAUCCUG